CCCGGUGCGACCGACCUGCCGAACUUGCUCAUCGUCGCCGGCGCACACUCGCUCCUCUUCGGCCUGGAUGCUGCAGGAAGCCGCUUCGGCUCCUGGAUCUUCUCUCCGCGCCGGGUUAAGUGCGAGGCAGCGCGGUUGAUGGAGGCUCGGUCCGGGCUGCGAGCAGGCUGCUUUUAGGGGGUGGCGGAGGUGUGUGUGUGUGGGUGGGGGGUCGGUGUGUGAAGCCCCAGGCCCUGCUUUGCUUUGUUAUCCCGGGCUUCGUCUUGCAGACUUCCUCCUCCUCCUCCUCCUCCUCCACGGCCCUCAUCGUGUUUUCCAGCCGGGUUUCCCCUCCUGAGAGCCCGCAGAGGAACCCGUCUCAACGCGGGUCUCACGCGGCCGCGUCCACCGAGGGAAACGGACUCUUCUGAUCCCCUUGUGGUCUUUCUGGACCCGUGUUGGUCUCCCUUUGUAGACCUCUGUCUACCCCUACCCCCAUCCCCCGGACUCCAUCAUGGCUCCGGUGGGCCGGCUUCUCUGGUCCUGCUGCCUGCUGGUCCUGCUGGUCCUCCCCGCCGUCCGGAGCUCGUUCCCCCGCAGCGGUGCGGACUGCGGCGCCGGGAAGGCCGCCGACUGUCCAGACCUGUCGGAGAAGAAGAGCGACCUGCGCGUGUGUGACGCCAUGACGUGUCGCUACGGAGGAACAUGCCGAGAGAACGGAGCGGACAUCAAGUGUUUGUGCCAGUUCCACUGCCAUAAGAAGUACGUUCCUGUGUGCGGCUCCAACGGCGACACGUACCAGAACGAGUGUUUCUUGAGGCGAGUCGCCUGCAAGAAGCAGAGAGCGGUCAGCAUCGUGUCCCCGGGGCCCUGCUACCACGAUGGAGCAUCAGGAUCUGGUGAUGGAGAUGAUGAAGGUUCUGGUCGAGGGAAGAAGGUUUCCAAAUGUGGGAACUGCAAGUUUGGAGCCGAAUGUGAUGAAGACUCUGAGGACAUGCUCUGCAUGUGUAACAUCGUGUGUAACGGACACAACGAUAACCCGGUGUGCGGCGGCGACGGCGUGACGUACGACACGCCGUGUCACGUCAGAGAGGCGGCCUGCCUCAAGCAGCUGAAGAUCGACAUCAGACACGUGGGCCGCUGCCAAGCAGAUAAAAGCAGGAAGGACGACGGCCUGAAGACGAAGCCUGACGUCUACAGCAAGGGCCCCGGGGAGGAGGAGGCGGGGCUUGUGGACAGCCCCGCCCCCUGCGCUGAAGACUACGCCCAGUUCUGUGAACACGGCCAAUGUGAGAUGAGACACAACCUUCCCACCUGCAGGUGUGAGGCGGCCUACGGGGGUCCUCAGUGUGACGAGCUGCUGGACUUCAACAUCCUGUACGUGGUCCCUAGUGGCCAGAAGCUGCACUACGUCCUGAUCGCCGCCAUCAUCGGGGCGGUGCAGAUCGCCGUCAUCGUCGCCGUGGUGAUGUGCUUCACCAGGAGGUGCAACAAGACGAAGCGCGGCCGGCGCCAGAAGCAGCACCUCGGUCACUUCCCGUCAGGAACCUCCUCCAGGAUGAUGUAGCUCCUCCCCCUUUUCCUUUUUAUGAAAUACCAGAAGUCAAAUGUUUUCGUACUUCAGACUUUUUGAUAUCCACCUGUUGGCCUCUUCCUCUUCCUCCUCUUCCUCUUUUCUCUCUCGCUUUUUUCAAGAACUUUUUUUUGACUUUCUUCAGGGGCCUUAUUCUUAAUAUUUGUUUCGUGGAACGCUCAGGAUCCUCCGGCGGGAACUUCAUUCAUCUGACCGUCCACGAACACAUCGUGUCUUUUUGUUGCGUGGGACGUGGAGCCACGCCCCUUCUGUGCUUUUGGUUGACCUUUAUUUUGAAGGGACACUAAAAAAAAUGUAUUUGAGCUCCGUUGGUGUGGCAUUAAGUCAGAAAUGUUGGAGUAACAACUGCUGACGACUUCCAGAGAAAUGAAACAACCUUUGACUCCGAUGUCAAAAUAAAAGUCUGGUUCGAAUGGGAAAGUUUAAAUACUGAUAUUAAUAUUCAGACUCGACAUAGUUUGAAGGUUAUUUAAUUUCAACGUGUUUACGACUGAUUCAACCUUCAGGUCCUUGUGAGAUCUUAAUUAUUAUUAUUAUGAUUAUUGUUUACUUCUGAAGUUAGAAUACGCCUUCAAAAUAAAAGUACAGAUUAGGUUGAUUUUCUUCUGUGUUUCCAUGUGACUUUUAAUUUGAUGUUGAACUGUUUGGUUCCUCGUGUUUGCUUUGUGUAGUAACGCCUUAAUGCUCCAGGGGGCGCCAUGCCCCAGGACUACAGGUCCACCAGGGACCACCAGGGACCACCUGGGACCACUGAAGCCCUCUGGGGGGUUUUUGUUGCAUCACACGAGGUCCAAAAAAUAUCUUUCACGUGAACUUCAAUGAACUUUAUUUCAUUUUUUUGUCUUUUUGUUACGAAGCUCAAGAAAACCAAAAUGCUGUUUUUAUACCGUUAGAAACAAAAACAGGAAAACAAAAAACAAGAUGAUGAUGAUGAUGAUGAAGAAAUGGAUGAAUAUUUUAUUUGACGACAUUCUUCUUGGUGUUUGUUGACGAGCUGAAGAUAUUAUUGUUAUUAUUGUUUCUGUUGCGUUUCUUGUUCUUUGGUGUUGUGGUUGUUGUGUUGAAGGUCAGAUCUGGGGUCACUGUAGCUGUUGCAUGAGCCGGUGAACUUGUUGUUAGACGUGUCGUGGAAGUAGAAUUAUUAAAUUAUGACCUUUGACUUUCA